UCCACUCUCUGGCGCGUGGAGGGAACUGCAUUUCCUAUGGUGCCGUGCGACUCCGCACACGCGAAGCCUUUUGGGAAAUGAAGUCUUUUCUCAAAGACCUUGCCGCUCAGCUGGAUCCAGGCCCUUGCAUCUUGGAUCUGAGGCGUUUGGAGGGACAAGAACCUAGAUGUGGAGCCGAAAUUUGAGGGUGUGACCUAUCUGAUGCGGAGCGGACCUUUGAGGAUCUCUGAGUGGAAGGUGUACUACAAAUUCUCGCAAUCCUCACGCUCUUCGUCUGCGGCGACAGUUCACCUGGGACUUCAGGCCUGUCACUCGCAGUCUCGGUCGGGCCUCCCCAAGUUGCAACCUAGCUGUCGGCAGGGUGAAGAGAUGGCUUCCCCGUCUAGACAGCCCCCGCCAGGGGGGUCAGGACUGCUUCACGGGAGCCGGGCUCGUUCAUAUGGAAGCCUGGUGCAAUCGGCCUGCUCCCCAGUGAGGGAAAGACGCCUGGAGCAUCAGUUGGAGCCCGGAGACACCCUGGCUGGACUAGCACUCAAAUAUGGGGUGACGAUGGAACAGAUUAAACGUGCAAACCGCCUUUAUACUAAUGACUCCAUCUUCCUGAAGAAAACCCUCUACAUCCCCAUCCUGACAGAGCCCAGAGACCUGUUCAAUGGUUUGGAUUCUGAGGAAGAGAAAGAUGGGGAGGAAGAAGUACACCCAAGUAACGAUGAAGUUUGGCCACACUCAACUGAGAGGAAGAAACAAGAGACAGGAGCAGGACGUGCCAAUGGUGAAGUCUUCCCCACACCUGUCCAGGAAACCCCCACACCCAUCCAUGACCUCUCUGCCUCCGAUUUCCUUAAGAAGCUUGAUUCACAGAUCAGCCUGUCCAAGAAGGCUGCUGCCCAGAAGCUGAAAAAAGGGGAAAGUGGGGUACCUGGGGAGGAUGCAGGUCUCCACCUGAGCUCCCCUCGGAUGCAGCAACGAGCAGUCCUAGGUCCCGUGCCGCUGACCCGUACCUCUCGGACCCGGACACUACGGGACCAGGAGGAUGAAAUCUUCAAACUCUGAUGUCCCUAGAACUGACUGAGAGAAGCAAGAUGUUGAAGGAGAAACUUCAGGGGGAGAGGAGCCUGAGGUGAGGCUCAAGAACAUGGCUUACUAGCCUGCCUCCCUCCACUCCAGCCAUUUUCCCCAGCCUCCUCGUCCGCCAAAAAUUCCUUGGCCUGGGGCAGUUUUAUUGGCAAGAUUAGGGAAUGGGAACUGGACCUUUCCCAGUUCUUGGGCUGAAUCUAGAGUUGAGUCCUUUAGACUCAAAAGGCUCUUUUUAUAUCCCUGUUGCCUUUCCUAUCCUUUUUACCAUUCCCUGGCCUUAGAACAGGGAAGCAGAGACUCCCCCUCAGCUUCUUCCUCAUCUCCACCUAUGUGACAUAAUUUAUUUGGUGCUAAUAUUGAAGUAAUAUUUAUUUGCUAUAUUUUAUUCCUUCCCACUCUUAGCUAAAAAAUGGGAUUUCUAUAGCUCUGGGGUGAAGAGAACCCGGGAACAGCGAGCCAGUGAGUGCUGGUUCUCCACCUUCCCCACCUUGUUGGCCAGACAUGUGAUUGAGGAAGAGGCAAUCGGUGACCUAGCCCACCACAGAGAAUGGAUGACUGCUGGCCUCUUCUCCAAUCUUAAAGGGACAGAUUUGAACUGCGUAUUGUUUUUUUUUUUGGUACCCCAUUCCUGUUGAAUGGGCUCAGUCUUGACUAACCAAUUCCCUGUAACUUUUUCACAAUUCUUGACCCUGAGAGAAAGCAGCACUGUAGGGACCUGAACCCUCCGUUCUACCUGUUCACCCUUCUGACCUGUUCUGCUCAGCCUGUGGCGAGGGGAACAGAUGGAAGGAGGCUUUCCUUGGGGUUUGAAGAGGAAGCCAGUUGCGAGAGUCUCUUUGUUACACCCCCUCCCCUCCAGACCCUCUCUCUCUAUGCCUUCCUCCUCACUGCGUAUUUAUUUGCAAUUUGUAGCACUGAUCUGUGGUACAGUUUUGUUUGUUUCUCAAACAGCAGUAGGUAAGGGAACCUCAAUAAUAAUGGAAAUCUCCCUCAAUCUCCUGUUUGGAAAUGAUGAAAGGUGAGAGAAGUGGUGUUUAUAUACCUCCUUUCUUCUGUGAUGACUAUAAGGUAUACGAAGCUGGACAGAUUAAACAUUGAGCCCUGUGCAUA